UUACUUGAUUGCGGAUUUUGGCCGUCUUUGUUUACUAUUUAAGUUUGAGACUUGUACAAUAUUUAACACAUAUAAUAUGAAUAAAAUUUGUAGAAUGUGCUUAGAAGAAGGUGUCCUUUCUUCUAUAUUUACUCGGAAUUACAAUUUGACUCUAUGUGAUAUGGUUGAAUAUUGUUGCAACAUAAAGAUCAGUAAAAAUGAUGGUCUGCCCGAGCAGUUAUGUAGUAACUGCAUUUACAAACUUGGAAUUGCAUAUCAUUUCAAACAAACAUCGGAGAGUGCCGACAUACGAUUGCGACAGUAUCUGGGUCUAACUUUACAAAAAAAGACAAUGAGUGUGGCUAUAAUGACAGAUCCUGUUCCAACACAAACAAUAAUAAGAAAAUGUAAAUGUCAAUUAGCUGAAAGUAAAAAGUCGAGCACUGCUUACAAACGAAAACCGGAAACAGAGAAGCAAAAAAGAGGGCCCAAGCCAAAGCCAAAGCAAGUACAUUCUUGCUACCAAUGUGACAAAGAAUUUCGAUGUCAGGCGCAGUUAGAUAUGCAUGUUAGGACACACACUGGUGAUCGGCCGUUUGGAUGUAUGUAUUGCUCCCGACGGUUCACUCAAAAACACAACCUCACUAUACAUCUUCGUAUCCAUACUGGAGAAAAACCUUUUCAGUGUGAAAUAUGCAGUAAAAGGUUCUCGGCCCAAGGGAAUCUUCACACCCAUUUGAAAGUUCAUACUGGACAGAGAGAUCACACGUGCACAAUUUGUAACAAGUCCUUCAUAACUUCGAGUGAGCUGACACGUCACAUGUGCAAGCACAGAGGUGUCAAAGAUUACAAGUGUGAUAUCUGCGGUGCUGCUUUUGUGCAAGCAAGAGACUUGAAAUUGCACAAACUCAAAAAACAUGAAGUCGCAUUAAAUGAUGAUGCUGAAAAAAAUACAGUUCCUAACAACCAAAUCGAUGUUAUCGGCAUUGACGUGGGUAAAGAUCCUAUUAGCAAGGAAGUUGAACGCUCAUCCAUUGAAGAUAAGUUAGUAAACGAAGAAAAAAGUGAAUUAGACCAUAAAAACAGUACGAAAUGUGUGCAAUGGUCGUUGGAGAAACAAUCUUUUACGGUAGCUGAGCCUCCUCUUGAAGUUCACCCAUUUUCCUUUCGCUCACCUAAAGAUGCAAUAGACCCUCAUUCUUCAGGAUUGAGUGAAAUUAAAGGAACCAAAGAUGUUUUUAAUCAAGAUUCUUACAACCAUAGCUGUCGUAUAUGUGGAGAACAGUUUGAUUUCAUCACUGCCCUCGCACAUCAUUAUUUGCACAGUCAUAAAGAUUAUGAACCUGUUCAUUUAAGGGGGUAUAAUUUUUCUUCUUAACAAGUGUCUGUAUUUUUUUAUAAUAAUAAUAAAUAUUUAUUUUCAGACUACAUAGUCCAUAGUAAGUGUUAGUAACAAUGCAUUUUAUGUAAUUCUUGCAUUUAAGUAAAAUUUGUUUCAAUCUUA